AUGAAUCAAACAAAAUGGAUAAAUGUUUUGUUAGCUUCAGAGCUGGUAAAAGAUUACCAUCGAGAGGAUAUAUCGGCAAGGUGUUUGAUGAAGAUAGAUAUAUCGAAGGCUUUCGAUUCAGUUCAGUGGAGCUUUGUUUUGAGAAGCUUGGCUGCUCUAGGAGUACCGGAGAAGUUUAUACAUUGGAUAAAGUUGUGCAUCACUACUCCAUCUUUCUCGGUGCAAGUGAAUGGGGAGUUAGCGGGUUAUUUUCAGAGUAAGCGUGGGCUAAGGCAAGGUUGCUCGUUAUCCCCUUAUCUUUUCGUCUUGUGUAUGAACGUUCUCUCACACAAGAUAGACAAAGCAGCAAAGGAAGGGAAAUUCAAAUAUCAUCCUAGGUGCAAAUUGUUAUCCUUAACUCACCUCUGUUUUGCGGAUGAUUUGAUGGUAUUUGUGGAGGGUACAAAAGAGUCAGUAGAAGGUGCUAUUUCAGUGUUUGAUGAGUUUGCUGUUUGGUCGGGGUUAAGCAUUAGUUUGGAGAAGUCAACUGUUUAUAUGGCAGGAGUUUCGGAGACUGAAAAGAGUAGAAUUCUGACCAACUUUCCGCUUGCAGUGGGAUCUCUUCCGGUUCGGUAUCUUGGCCUGCCUCUAAUGACUAAGGCUAUGCGGAGAUUGGAUUACAUGCCAUUGCUAUGUGCGGAUUUCCUCUGGUCGGGCCCGGCUCUUAAGUCCACGGGGGCAAAAGUUGCAUGGAGUGAUAUCUGCAAGUUAAAGGAGGAAGGUGAUUUGGGUAUUCGAGCUCUUAAGGAAGUGAAUAUAGUCUAUGGUUUGAAACUGAUAUGGAGGAUGUUGUCUGGAGUGUCUCUUUGGGGAAGUUGGAUAAAAAUGUAUCUGCUUAAAGGGAAAAGUUUUUGGCAAGUAAAGGAUACAACUCAGAUUGGGUCUUGGAUGUGGAAGAAGAUGUUAAAGAUGAGAGACUUGGCGAAGAGGUUUUAUUGGAAAGAAGUAGGUAACGGGAGGCAUAUCUCAUUUUGGUAUGAUAAAUGGUCGGGGAAGGGGGUGAUGAUUGAUUAUAUUGGAGAGAGAGGUAUUGUUGAUAUGGGCAUCAUUAGAAAUGCUACGGUGGAGGAUGCCGUUCUUAAUGUUAGGAGAAGGAGAAGGCAUCGUAUCACUGAGCUCAAUGCUGUAGAAGAAGAGCUAUUAUUACUGAAGGAUAAGCUGAGAAUUAAUGUUGAGGACAUUUCUCUUUGGAAAAGAGAUUCGGGCUUUAAAGAAAGCUUCUCUACACACGAAACUUGGAAGCUAGUAAGGGAGCCAAAGGCUCGCUGUGAUUGGGCGGUUGGCAUCUGGUUCUCGAAAGCUACUCCUAAGUUUGCGUUUAUAGCUUGGCUUGCAACUCUAGACCGGUUAUCUACGAUGGAUAGAGUUUCUAGUUGGAGUCAAGGAGUGGAUACGGGGAUUUUGAGGAGUGAGUUUACUAAUAUCUGGUCAGAUGUGAUGUUAUUGAUUAUGGAAGGGCAGUCUGAUAAGAAGAGAUUAUUCUGCAUCAGAUAUCCAUUUCAAGCUUGUAUCCAUGCAGUGUGGAGAGCUAGGAACAAGGACAAAACCCACUUAUUCAAAUGGACUGACAAGUCAGUUGUUGAGGAGAUUGAAGACUUCCAAGACCUGUUUGACGUGUUACUCGUUGACAAUUCCGAGUUUCAGAAAUCAGUGAGAGCUGGUGAGGCCAUGAUGAAAUGCCAUGAGAGUAGAAUUCAAGAGAUGGAAGAUGCAAUCGCACCUUGCGAAUAG